AUGGAGACUUGGUUUUGGAUUCUUGGCUGGGUUCUUUCAUUUCUGACCAUCAUUGGAAAUGGAUUUACAAUCUUUCUCGUUUGCAGCAGACGAAAUCUCCGCACCAAACCCAACGCGUUCAUUGUUUCACUCGCCGUGGCGGAUUUCUUCGUUGGUUUGAUCGUUAUUCCUUCUCUGUUUUUCUGCGACAUUGCAAAAUUCUGCGACGGGCCUCAACGUUUUAUUAGGCUGUUGUUUAGUAGCACGUCUGCUGCAAACUUAUGCGGUUUAGUACUGGAGCGUUUAUUUGCCAUCGUCCAUCCUCUAAAAUACAUUACUUUUAUUACUCGCCGUCGAAUUACCCAAGCUAUUUUCUUCUCUUGGGCUCUGCCAGUUGGUUAUACUACGCUAAGACAUACCCUUUGUAUUGUCUUAUUUCAAAACAAGGCCUGUCCUUUUGUUUGGCUGAUCAUAAUUCCCCAGUUUCUUAUAUGUGUUGUGUUAAUACUCUGCUUUGUAUCAAUGAUAUUUCAUGUAUGCAGGCAUGAUCAGUCAGCACGCACUUUAGCAAAACAGCUACGUUUUAACCACCAGGUGUCUUUUAAAACCCACCGUGAGAAGUCUGCAGUAAUAAUGAUGGGUAUUGUGAUAGGAGUGUUUCUUGUUUGCUAUGGGAUGUAUUUACGUUGUGGUUUUGUACUACUAUUUCAGACUACGAAAACCUCGGGCUCAUGGCCAUGCAAAGAUGAAAACUACAAAAUUCCUAUCCUUGUUUUAAACUCAGCCAUUAACCCGCUGGCUUAUGCUUUUUUCAAAAGAGACAUAAAGAAAGAGUUUAAAAGACUUGUCGGCGCUGUGUUUUAUAGAAAAUAA